AUGACAUUUUCUCGUUUCAUCAAUGUUUUAGCAUUUGGUUGUGAAACUCGAAUAAGACUUUAUGAGGCUGAAGAAAAUAACAAUCCGAUUGAUCUUGUGUAAGUUUCAUCCACUGUAAUCACAUUAGCAUUUUAAGGAAAUGAAAAAAAAAAUUUAAUAUCUUGCGACAAAAAAGGUUGUAUUCAGUUUUGGGAUAUUGAAUCAAAGCAGAAUUUCAAAGUAAUAGAGUUAUAUAAUACAAUGUCACUUUUAUUAUCUCCAAAUGGGAAAUUUAUUGCUUAUAAAGAUCAUUAAGACUAUAUUAAAUUAUUAGAUUUAAAAUAUCCUAAAGUUGUCUAUAGUUUCAAGGUAGCUAAGAAAAGGAAAAUCUUUUGGUUGUUAAAUAUGGGAUAUUUCUGGAUUGUUGAAUAAACAAACUGGGAAUAUAAGUUGUUUAGAAAUAUCACCUUACGGAGUUCAUUAUGCAAUUGGCUAGAAAUAAAAAAUAUUAAUCUCCGAUAGGAACGGAGGAAUAGGGAUUCAUAAACUGAUAGGGCAUACUGA